AUGAUAAAACUAAAAGAGUUUUACUUCAUCGAUACAAAUCACAAAAAUCUUCUGAACGGUACAGCGGCAAUUGAUUUAAGAUUGCUUAGCUUAAACGCGCCUGAGAUCAACAAACACGUAACUCCAAAAAAUACUCAAAAGCAGAUUAAUAAAAUAGAAAAAGCACCCGAGCAGGAGAAUAAAGUACCCAGUUUAAACCAGAAUAGUGCUGAAAAGAUAAACGCACCGCCCCUUAAGGCCGGUUUCCAUACAACUGCAUUUUGCGCCCAGUCAAACAUAGGCAAGUUUACAGAUUGUCAAGUAAAGUUACAUAUAGAUGAAAAAGCACCACCAGUCACUCAACCAGAACGCAGAAUUCCGAAUAGACAAAAAGUCAAGCAGACAGUGGCUAAACUUGAAUCCGUCGGAAUACUAGAAGAAGUGAAAGGGAAACCUACACCUUGGUUGAACCCUAUAGUAGAUAUUCGUGCAGCAAACAAGGCGAUUACGAGACUCGAUACCCCACACCAGUUAUUGACGAACCGAAAAGAGAAUCAUGCAAUACAGAAGGUUAAUUUUUGGGGCAAACAGUGUGCUGAAGAACUCCAACACGCCCUUCAAUCCAUCCUUAUGGACAUUGAAGAAACAGCAAAUAUAACUGACGACAUAUUGAUCUACGCCAAGACAACAAAAGACCAUGAUAACAUACUGGAAAAAGUCUUCAAAAGGUUAGCUGAAGAGGGACUAACCUUAAAUUUAAAGAUAUGUAUUACGAUAAAAAUAAGCUCGAGUAUUUUGGUUAUAUCUUCUCAGCUGAUGGCAUCAAACCGAGCCAAAAAAAACGUCAGCAUUAAAGAAUGCAAACCAUGCCUAACACAAAAAGAUGCGAAGUACGAAUGGAGUCCAGAGUGUGAAACCGCAUUCCAAACCCCGAAAACGUUACCGUCAGAAGAUUCAUGCAUUUCCUACUUCGACGAGAAUAAAGAAACAUUGAUUUAUUGUGAUGCCAGUCCAGUAGGCAUAUCCGCUUUUUUGUUACAGAGAACUAAAGGAAAAGCUGACACAAAAGUUGUAGGUUAUUCCUCCAGAUCGCUAAACAAAACAGAAAUGAGAUAUUCCCAAAUAGAAAGAAAACAUUAG